UAAUGCGAGAAGUCAAAUAUAAGAUUAAGAAAAAUAAUUAAAAAAAAGUCUGGAGAAAUAAAUUUAUAACGGUAACGAAUUUAUUAAAUAAAAAUAUAAUAAUAUCCUACCCGAACGUUGUAGCAAUGGAAGCAGGUUGUCAACUGUUGCUAUAUUUGGAUAAAAGGCGCUUAUUACCAUUUAUGAAGGAAGCAUGUGAAAACUUUUUACAAAACUUGAAUGACAAGUCUGCCCGGUUCCCGCCAUUUCGUUACCUGCUUGAGAUCGACGUAAUGGAUGUUAUUGAUUUAGUCCCUGAUAUUGGCAAUCUUCUUUUGAAAGAACCGUUGAAAGUACAGCACAAAUGCAAUGAAAUUCUAUUUGCUUGUCUGCAAAACAUCAAUAAUAACACUCAUGGUAUAGAAUUUCCUCAAGUUGCGGUUACUUUGAGGUUGAAAAGUGUACCUACUCUUUUAUUACGCGCAAAUCCACGUAAUUUCUCAGGGUUAGUGCAUUUCCGAGGACUGCUUCUAGCUCUUUCGAAACCUACAAGCUAUGCCUACCAUACAGUUUGGUCAUGUCCCGAAGAGUGUGAAGGGAGUGAAGUAAUUUUACAAUACAUGCCGAAAGUACCGCCAAAAUGCUACGUCUGUAAAAGCGUUCUUUUCGAAAACAGCGGUUUGAAGCGAUGCGGUGAAAAGGUAACUGCGAUAUUUCUGUUGAAGAAACAAAUGCUUCCAAAAAAGUUCUUUAUCGUAGACGAUUUAAUCCCUAAACUAAAACUAGGAUUAAUUUAUGACAUUUACGGAGUAAUAUUGAAGAAAGUUACAUCGAUAUGGUCAAUAGAGGAAGUUCUGGCUUUAGCGGCUCCGGUGACUAGUCCGAUACCUUCAGACAUAGCGGAAUUGUACAGGGCUUGUAAUGGGGUACCUUGGUCUUUCCUAUACUGCCUCGCCUCAAGUUUAGGACUGAACGUCUGUCCUUUGAACACAUUCAUGGAGCUGAAGAUCAACCUGCUGCUAAGCCUGGCUAGUGUAAAAGCAAACGCGAUGAACUCUUCGAAGAUUAUCCACGUUCUCGUCGCUAACUUCGACACCAGAUACGUUGGAGAAAUCAUGACGCAUGCUGCAAAACUUGCUGAUCGAUCAGUGUUCUUAGGAACAUCUAACACAACUGUUUCAACGGCUCUGAUAGCAAGCUCUGGAGGAGUCUGUGUAAUGCCUUUACCGCUGCACUCAUAUAAUCAAAAGCAGACCUCUGCUAUUUUAACUGCAAUCGAGAGCGGAAAGGUUUCAACUGAAACCGGUAAAGUAGAUUUACGGAGCGCAAUAUGGUCGCAAGGAAUGGAUUUCAAGAAGAUAGUCCUUUUCAACGUUGCGAACGUGUUCGGGACGGUUUGCCGAGGCGAUAUGGGGCAGUACACUGAUGAAGUUUUAGACAUGGUGCUGCAAAGGACUGUAGAGACGGAAGAAAUAAGCGACGAAGAGAUCAAAGCUCAUAAAGACUUAGCGUUAUACUUAGAGUUGGUGGCCGGGGUGAAAGUGAGUUUGGAUGACCAGACUGAGAGGAUUUUAAGGAACUAUAUGCUAGCGGCCCGUAGAGAGAUGCCUAAAGGAGUUUCCGUUGGAAAUAUGGGGGCGUUGGUUGUGACAUGUCUGAAUUCGGCCCGGUUAUGUGGAAGAGCUGUAGCCAAUGUUAACGAUGCUGUGUUCGCAAUCUGGCUUCACAUCAGUGGCUGCCCCGAACCAAGGAUAGCGCCAGACGAGUACUUACGACCUCCUUCGGAUGUGAAGCGACUCACGAAAACAAUAGACGGCUUUAAGAACUGGCUGGAACAGUUUACAUGUAGCAUGAUGGAGAUUUUGUAACGUUUUCCUUGUCCGUC